GAUGAGGCGGAAGCGGAAGCCGGAAGCGCAGUCAAAGGAGCGAUGGCAGCCGGUGGCGGUCUGAGCCGCUCGGAGCGCAAAGCUGCCGAGCGGGUCCGGAGGCUGCGGGAGGAGCAGCAGCGGGAGCGCCUCCGCCAGGUGUCACGCAUCUUGAGGAAGGCGGCUGCAGAGCGCAGCGCGGAGGAGGGCCGGCUCUUGGCCGAGAGCGAGGAUCUGGUGACCGAGCUGCAGGGCCGAAGUCGGCGGCGUGAGGGCCUCAAGCGCCGCCAGGAGGAGGUGUGUGAUGACCCGGAGGAGCUGCGGAGGAAGGUCCGCGAACUGGCCGGAGCUGUCCGAAGUGCCAGGCACUUGGUUGUCUACACGGGCGCUGGAAUCAGCACAGCAGCUUCUAUCCCAGAUUAUCGGGGUCCUAAUGGAGUAUGGACACUGCUUCAGAAAGGAAGGCCUGUGAGUGCUGCCGACCUAAGCGAAGCAGAGCCUACCCUCACCCACAUGAGCAUCACACGUUUGCAUGAGCAAAAGCUGGUGCAACACGUGGUGUCUCAGAACUGUGAUGGGCUCCACCUGCGGAGUGGGUUGCCCCGGACCGCCAUCUCAGAGCUCCAUGGGAAUAUGUAUAUUGAAGUCUGCACCUCCUGCAUCCCUAACAGAGAGUAUGUACGAGUGUUUGAUGUGACCGAGCGUACUGCCCUUCACCGACACCUGACAGGCCGGACCUGCCACAAGUGCGGGACCCAGCUUCGGGAUACCAUUGUGCACUUUGGGGAGAGGGGGACGUUAGGGCAGCCUCUGAACUGGGAGGCAGCGACCGAGGCUGCUAGCAAAGCAGACACAAUCCUGUGUUUAGGGUCCAGCUUGAAGGUACUAAAGAAAUAUCCCCGCCUCUGGUGCAUGACGAAGCCUCCAAGCCGUCGGCCCAAACUCUACAUCGUGAACCUGCAGUGGACCCCGAAGGAUGACUGGGCUGCCCUGAAACUCCAUGGGAAGUGUGAUGAUGUCAUGCAACUCCUCAUGAAUGAACUGGGCCUGGAGAUUCCGGUCUACAACCGCUCCCACCGACAGUGGGUGAGACAGAAGAGGCUGUUGAGCAAGGGCUGCUGCUGCCCUGAAGACUUUCCCCUGCAGCUUGGUGUCCCCUGCAGCUUGGUGUCACUGACGCUGCUUCCAGCCAAAGCCCAGAUUAAGACAUAGGUGGCAGGAUCCAAUCUUCUCCUUGGCGACCCCUCUCCGUGCUGGCGAAGAAGGCAGCCACAGUAGGAAGUCACUAUGCAGAAGCAGAGAAGAGGCCCCACCUGGGGACCAGAGUGCCCCCCUUGCCUCAGCUCCCCCCAUCCUAGGAGGCUGGUUUGGCAGGGGUUGUGCCAAGCGUGCAAAAAGGAAGAAAGUGGCAUAGCCCGGAGUUGACAAAGAACAGUUGGCACUUUGCAGAUGGCUUGACCCUUGUUCAGGGACCCCGCCCGUGUCACCGUGAAGGCGAGAAUGCCCCCUCCGGCUCUAGUGGGUGACGCUUCACAGUGACGGUCAUCUUUAGCCAUUUGUCCUUGUGGAAAGCCUCUCUUGCACUGCUGUGACUGCCCCGCGAUGGGCUUGAUCUUCAAGGACACCUCCCUUCUGUUCACCCCUGUACAAAGGUGGCAGCAAGGCCUCUGUGAGAAGAGCUCCGGCCAUUCCCAGGCCUGGCCAGCAGAAGAGUCCACCACUGCCUUACCUCACUCUCCAGGCUAGUCUCAGGGCCUCCCUCUUUCUACUCCUUAUCACGUACAAGUGUUCACUUUAUAGAAGCCUUUUUCUGUAUUGGGUAUGCGGCACAGAGAGGAUCUAAGCCUCCAGUCUGAGCAAGUCUUAUUAAACAUCUCUAUUGCU